GCCAUACUGUCCAUCGGCGUUCUCAGACUCUCAGCUGAGGCGCGGAUUUCAGGUUCGUCUUGAUUUUCUGGCUUUCUCAAUUUGUAUAUAUGCGAGAAAUUAAAAAAGGAAUAAUAGACAGUGAAGUUGGAGUAGUUAUUGGUUAUUGCAUGCAAAUCAUGGAACGACCACAUUCAGGUUGCAGAGGUGCUGAAGUGGUGUUGAAUCUCCAUCCCAGUUUAUCGAUUUCUAUUGCAUAUGAUACUAACUUUGGUCCACAUGAUGAUCUAAUCCUCCUUGAGGUUGAUGAAAAACUCCUCCCAGAUUUCUUUCACCAAAGGGUGAGUUUGAGAGGAGAACAAAGUGAAGAUGCAGUUCUUUGCACUCAGUCAAAAACUUACUCCAUCAAGUUUGUUGGAACUUCUAAUUCUGUGUUCCUCAUACCCCCAGUGGAUAAUUUGACAUUGUAUGAAAAUUCAGAAGAUUGUAACAUGAAAGAUAAUCACAAAUCUAUUGUAGCUGUUAUCAAAGUUGCACCUGGAAAUAUGGAGCUUGUUGAGGUUGCUCCCAGACUUGACAAACUUAAAUUACUUCUGUUAGAGAGUCCUUACAGCUCAAGGGAGGAAUUGGAAUUUGAGGGUUUGGAGGAGAUGGAUAGAAGUAUUACAAAAAGAAUGUAUAGGUGGGAUGAUCUGGUUGACAAGGUUCAGGCUAGUGAAAAUGAAUUACGGAGUGGAUUACAGGCUUUUUCAGCAGUAGAGAUUGACGGUUACUGGAGACUUGUUGAUGAGAAAUACAUGGGCACAAUUUUGAUUAUGCUUUUGCACAAUUCUGUUUUGAAUGACUGGUCAUUGGAUGCACUGAAUGAAGAUGAAGUUGUAAGCACGCUGGUGUCAGAUGGCUUUCCACUCAAACUUUCACAACACUGUUUGCAUGUUUUUGGCAGUAAGGUGGAGGAGGGUUCAGUUAGAAAAAGUUUGUGGAGGUUGGAUGAAAGGCGAGUAUGUGUACAUUUUGCUAGAGAAAUCUUGGUUGAAGGCAAAAGAAAAAUGGAUAAUUUUAUGGAAGAGUGGAAGCUGAAGGUUCCAAAGGGGAUGCAUGCAGAUUUUGAGAUGUUGGAAGGUGAAGUUUUGACAGAGAAGCUUGGAGUUGAAUCAUGGGUUCAUGCCUUUAGCGUUUCAUCUUUGCCUUCCACUCCUGCAGAGCGCUUCUCCAUACUCUUUAAAGAGCGACCAAAAUGGGAGCAGAGGGAUUUACUGCCAUACAUCAGGGAUCUAAAUGUUCCGGGUAUUUCUUUGGAAGGCAUGCUUCUAAAAUACACACGAAGAACGCAACCAGUCCUUGAUGCUGAACCUGUUUUCAGUGCAAGAUAGUUUAAAAUGUUCUUUGACAUAACAAGGGGUCAUUUUUUGUGUCCUUAUUGUGUUGAAGUGGAGGAACUAAUGAGGGAUUGUGUUAGAGAUGUAAACUGAAGUUAUAUGUUAUUUAUUUUCAUUUUAGAUCCUUUUUGUGUAUAGGUAACUUCAAUCACAACUUAUCUACAAAUAUGUUUUAUCAUCUUAA